GUGCUUGACUGAGAAAGAUAUUGGUUUGCAGCACAACAGAUCCAGUUUCAAGCUGACUUGUUUGUUUUCUAAGUCUUCUAUUGUUUUGGUGUUUUGUUUCUUUAAGUACAAAUUGUCGAACUGAGUAGGAAUGAACAUUUAUUAGAUCACUGCUCGUCUAUGUGUCAGUAAAAUAGCAGUGCUGAGGUCGGCAGAGAACCAUUUGCAUUUUGACUGUAAAUAUUUGCUGAGGAAUUCAUUUAAUUCAUCCCACACCAGUUAAACUGUCACUGUAUAGAUCCUUGACAUGUUGUACCAUGAUAUAAGUUUUACUUUGUUUUACAUCUAUAGUCAUACGCUAAUAUUUGUGCUUCAAUUUCUAAAGAUAGAUUUCUGAUGAGGAUCAGUGAUUAUACUGGUUUUUGUUGUUUAUAUUGAAGUUCAUGAAUCCAUGUGAAGUAUGCAGUCACAUGCUGAAUGCCUUGUUUUCAAGCUGGUCAUCAACAUUUAUUAGAUGUCCAAACCAAGUGCAACUGUUCACAGUGAGACUGUUUCAUUAAUUCACCUAUUCUCUUUACAACACCAAACAAGCACACCUGGCUCGACUGUAUUUGUGUGGUUUUUGUCCGAGAUGGCCCUGUCCUCACGCUUAAAACUUUGGGAACAAAAGAUCAAGGAUGAGAAAAAGUUGCCAGCAGCUACUCAACCUCCCCCACCUCUUUCUGUCAUACCUGGAGGAUUCCUAAAGCAGCUUGUGAGAGAGACAGAGAAGGAGACAAAGCAGAAAGAGCCAGAGCUCAAGGAAGAGAAGGCGCCAAGCAAGCUAAGCGAGAACCUAGUCCAGCAGUUCCUCCUUCCAGACCAAACGCCACCCAUCUUGGAGGCAGAGAUGGCCCUCAGGGCAGAGCAAAUGGUCAAUGCUACCCUAAAAGAGAGAAAAACAUCCAUCUCAAGACAGAACCUGAGUCCAUGCGACAUUAACCAGCAAGACAACUUCAUAGUCAGUAAACCAGAUGUCAACGACCAUAAACAGGAGAAUGGCUCCAAUCUAUUAAGGUUUCCUGACGUGUUGGCAGAAAAAGAGAAUCUGAAAGAACAAACAAAGGCACAGGUGAAUUUGAAAGAGGUUAAAGAAGACAAGAUUAGAGAAGUGAGGCAAGAGCCAGAGGGGCAGCUUGCUGAUAGCACCAUACCAGGGGAACCCAAGAAACCAGUGAGGGAUGUCUGGUAUGAAGCUGGUACAGUGUGGUACACACAUAAAAAUGGCUUCACGCUUGCCACUCAGUUGAAGCCAGAUGAGGGCACGCCUGAGCUCCCUUACGGGAAAGUGAGGGUUCGACUCCAAACAGAUGGCUCUGUACAUGAUGUCACGCAAUAUGAGAUUGAAAAGCUAAACCCACCUGAGCUGGACCUGUGUGAGGAUUUAAGCCAAUUAGGGAGUGUAAAUGAGUCAAGCAUCCUGCACAAUCUGACCAGCCGAGCCAGAGGCCACAUGGCCCUAACAAAUGCUGGACCAAACUUGCUGGCCCUCUGGCCUCCAAUAGCAUCACCUGGAAAGGGGCUGCGAACCCGUCACUGGGACACAUGGGAAACACCUGCUCCACUGCAAACACUGGUCCAGAAUGUUUACAUGUCUAUGGUGGGCCAAAGGAGAGAUCAGAGUCUCGUGGCUCUGGGUCGCAGCGGCACAGGGAAAUCCACCUUGUGCCAGGCAUUUGCCAAGGAACUUCUCAAACACGCUGGCACAGCAGGAGAAAAAUUAACAUUGGAGCGUCUCCAGGCCAUGUUCACCGUGCUGCACUCUUUUGGCUGUGUAAGCUCUCAACACAGCGAAGCCUCCAGCCGAUUUGCCAUGGUGCUUUCUCUCGACUUCAACCAUAAAGGCCUUGCGGCUGCAGGACACCUUCAGACCAUGAUGCUGGAGAGGUGGAGGGUUUGCCAUAGGCCUGAGGGAGAGAGCAACUUCUUAAUCUUCUCACAGAUGCUGGCAGGGCUCUGUCCUGAAAUGAGGACAGAGCUACAGCUUCACCAGAUACCAGAAAAUAACAUGUUUGGCAUCAGUUGCCCCACCAAGGUAGAUGAGAAGCAGAGGGCUACUGUGGAGUUUGGAAGACUCUUAGAAGCCAUGAAGACACUUCAGUUCUCCUCUGAUGAACAACGGGCAAUUUGGCAUGUUCUGGCAGGAAUAUAUCACCUAGGCAUAGCUGGCACAUGCAAAGUUGGACGAAAGCAAUUUAUGAGUUUUGAGAGUGCUCAGGUGGCCAGUUCUGUUCUUGGCUGUGAGGGAGAAGAUCUUCACACUGCAGUAUUUAAACAUCACCUAAGGCAGCUGCUGCAGAGGGCCACUGGAACCACUAGAGAGCGCCACAUUGCAGUGGAACAAGAGGAAGGACCUAAAUUGAGUGCUGCUCAGUGUGUGGAGGGCAUGGCAGCUGGUCUCUACGAGGAGCUGUUUACUGCUGUCGUAUCUCUGAUUAACAGAGCUCUAUGCUCCCAGCAGCUAACACUGGGCUCUGUGAUUGUGGUAGACGCACCAGGUCUACGCAACCCCAGACACAGUGGGAAAGACAGGGCUGCUGGCUUCUCUGAGUUCUGUCAUAACUACCUACAGGAAAGGCUUCUGGAGCAUCAUUUCACGCACACCUUCACAAACUGUCUUGACAGAUACACACAGGAGAAAGUGUCCGUAGAUUUUGAGGCUCCUGAGGACAGUCCACAAAAAGUGGUGUGUGCUAUAGACCAACCAGGACUGCAGGUUCGAGGACCAGAGGGUGACUCUCGUGGCCUGCUCUGGGUUCUAGAUGAGGAACUCAUCACUCCUAAUUCUUCUGAGAACACUAUUUUGGAGAGGAUAUGUCAUUACUUUAGUGAUACAGUGCGGCAGUGUGAACAGCCUCUACAGUGCGAGAUUGCUCAUCUAUCCGGCUCUGACCCAAUACGUUAUGACCUAUCUGGAUGGUUUGGUCUGGUCCAAAAUAACCCUUCUGCCCUCAAUGCCAGCUCCAUUCUGCAGAACUCCAAUGUUCAUGUAGUUAAAGCUCUGUUUGCUCCACGGGCCUCGGUUCCUCCUUUGUGUCGGGGUUUGGGUGGUGUUGAAGGAGGCUCACAGCGUUUUCUGGAAAGAAGUGGAAAUGUGCGCAAGACAUUCACCGGAGGAAUGGCUGCUAUCCGGAGACACUCACACAGCAUCUCUAUUAAACUACAAGUGGAUGCUCUGAUAAACCUGAUUCGUCGGUCACAGCCAGUUUUCUUACAGUGUCUCAGUGCAAAGGUCGAUGGUGGUGGCUUUGAUGUUCCUUCAUUACGCACCCAGCUGCACUCAACCCACUUACUACCUGCAUUGCAACUGUAUCGUAUAGGUUACUCAGAUCAUAUGUCUCUGAGUGAUUUCCGACGACGUUUCCAGGCUCUGUCUCCUCCUGUAAUGAAAAGAUAUGGGUCCGUCUUUAUCACACCAAAUGAGAGAAAGGCGGUGGAGGAAUUAUUGAUCGAAUUGGAUCUGGAUAAAAAGAGUAUUGUUCUGGGAUCAAGCAAGGUGUUCUUAAAACGUGGAGUGCUGAGAUUGCUGAAUGCGCAAAGGGAUGUCUUAAUCAACAAUUGGCUGGUGGAGAUGCAGGCUGCAUGUGUGGGGCAUUUGGCACGGCAGAGAUACCGGUGCUUGAAGGUGCAACAGAUGGCUGUGAGAUGUAUCCAGCGAAAUGUUCGGGUUCUGAACAGAGUGGCCAGCUGGAGCUGGUGGAAAUUGCUAUGUAGAAUUCGUCCCAUGCUAGACGUCAAUAUAGAUGAAUACAAAAUCCAGGCCAAAGAGGAUGAGAUCAGAAUGCUGAGAGAGCGACUAGAGAAGUCUGAGAAGGAACGUAAUGAACUUAGACAAACUGCAGACAACCUGGAGACCAAGACCAUGGCUUUUGUAUCUGAGCUGAGUGAUGAGAGGUUUCGAGGCGAGGCUGUAAGUCAGGCCUUAGACACAGAGAGAGCAGAGAGACUUCGUCUCACUAAGGAAAACAAAGAGUUGCAGGAUCGUUUGGAUCAGAGUAAAGUCACCGUGGACGCACUAGAAAAGCAGCUGGCCGAGGAGAAGCAGAAAGCCAAGAGCAAAGAGACUUUAAGUGUCAUGGCUACAGAGGGGGAACUACAUCUGCAGUUGGAUUGUGCACAGACAGAGGUGGAGUUUCUACGCAGACGUUUGCGUCAGAUGGAGGAGAGGUUUGAGGCUGAAAAAGAAGCACGAAAACUUUUAGACACCAAGGUUUUGGAGCUGCAAGCCCAACUGGAACAGUCAAAGCGCACAGUCACCGAGCUAAAGCGUCACUGCCGGCACGUGACUUCUGAUCUGCAAGAUGCCCGUGUACUUACUGACAGCUUGCAGGCCCGUACUCAUGACCUGGAUAGGAAGCAGAGAAGAUUUGACAGUGAGCUGACCAGGGCUCUAGAGGAAGCAGAGAAUGAAAGAGAGCAAAAGGACAAGGCCACUCAUGAGAGUAUAGCUCUACGGGCAGAGAUCUUUUCUCUGCAUCGGACACUGAAGGAAAGUCGGUUGGAGAUAGAACAUUUACAUCAUCAAAAACAAGAGUUGUGUGAUCAGAUCCGUGACCUGACUACGCCCCUGAACCUUGGCUCUGACUCAGUGCCUGAGCUGAAAAAGCAACUGCGUGAACUUGACAGCAAAGAUAAGGAGCAUGCUCAGGAGCUUGCCAACAUGACAUCCAAAAUUCAGCAACAGGAACAGGUACAUCUGCGCUUUGAGAUGGAGAUGGAGAGAAUGAAACAAAUCCAUCAGAAGGAGCUGGAGGACAAGGACGAAGAAUUAGAGGAUGUGCAGAAAUCUUCACAGAGACGGCUCAGGCAGUUAGAGAUGCAGCUCGAACAAGAAUAUGAGGAAAAACAGAUGGUGGUGCAUGAGAAACAUGACUUAGAAGGACUGAUUGCAACUCUGUGUGAACAGGUGGGACACAGAGAUUUUGAUGUGGAAAAGCGACUCAGGCGAGACUUAAAGCGUACCCAUGCUCUGCUCAGUGAUGCCCAGCUUAUUCUGUCCACUAUGGAACAAACUGGUCAGUGCCAGGCCCCAGGAACCAAGGAGCAUUUGGAGAGACUGCACUGUCAGCUGGAGGAGAGUGAGGCACGGCGUUUAGAGGCUGAGACUGUGCAGAAAACUCUUGCCAUGGAGCUGGAAAAUGCUCAGCUGGAGCUGGAGAGCAUCUGCAAACAGAAGAGCCUGGUGGAUGAACAGUUGACUCAGCUGCAGCAUGAAAAGACCGACUUCCUGAAGAGGCUGGAGGAAGACCAAGAGGACCUCAAUGAGCUCAUGAAGAAACACAAAGCACUUAUUGCUCAGUCUUCUAGUGACAUAGCUCAGAUACGGGAGCUUCAGGCAGAGCUUGAAGAAGUGAAGAAGGAGAAACAGAGGCUACAGGAGCAGCUGCAAACAAGUUCAGCACAUUUGCAGUUCCUGGAGUCUUCCACAGUGGCCCGGAGUAUUGUGAGCAAGCAAGAGGCACGUGUGUGUGACUUAGAGAACAAACUGGAGUUCCAGAGAGGUCAGGUCAAGAGAUUUGAGGUUCUAGUUCUACGUCUGAGGGAUAGUGUGCUGAAGAUGGGCGAGGAGCUGGAGCAGUCUGCUCAGGCUGAGGCAAGAGAACGAGAGAACUCACAUUACUACCAGCAGAGGCUGGCAGACAUGAGGUUAGAGAUGGAGGAUCUAAGCCUCAGAGAGCAGGAGAGUAGCCGUCGGCGCAUGGAGCUGGAAAUGCAAGUGGAAGAGCUUAGUGCAGUGCGUCAGACCCUACAAGCCGAUCUGGAGACAUCAAUCCGACGUAUUGCUGAUCUACAGGCUGCCCUGGAGGAGGUGGAGUCAAGUGAUGAAAGUGACACAGAAAGUGUACAGACUGCUGUGGAGUCAUUCUCUAGAAAGAGAGAAAUGGAGAACGCAUCCAGUGUGGGCUCCAGCAUUGGCUCUGACCAAACUGGCAUGGGCAUACGGCAUUGGCUAGGAGAAUCACGUGGGGGUCAGAGGAGCUGUGGAGGUAGAGUAUCUUCAUAUGCUGGAAGCACCACUGGUUCCCAGUCAGUCACAGAUGCAAUGAGCACCAGCAGCUACAGAUCAUGUUCUCAGGAACUAGAGGACGAUCCACCUGAAAACUCUAGACUGCCUAGGGCAACAUCAUCAACUGCAUUAUCUGAGCUACUGGAGGGCUUACGGAAAAAGCGGGCUGGGUGGGACAAAAGUUCAGAAGUGGAUGAGGGCAGUACAGUAUCACUACCUAUUUACCAGCCCACAGCAGCCUCCAGCCUGCGUCGCCGAGCCCUCAUGCUCUCCCCAGACACAAACGAGGGCUUGGAGGAGUUAGUGCGUCCAGGCAUCCUGAAAAUGCCUAGCCCUCUCCUUCCCCAUUCUUCUAGCCUGCGCUCACUGUCUGAAUCCAUGCCAACAGACACCUCAAACACAUCCACUAUGAGCAAGAUAAACCGCUUUGGCUCUUGUGACUCACUCACAUCAGUAUUGUCCUCCAAGCAAAUGCCUAACCUCUCUGUCCUGAAAGAAAAAGAGGACUCUGGUACUAAAACCCUACCUGCCCUAAGCACCCAUCAACCAAUCCGCCACCAGUUGUUUAGGGGUCUGGCUGCUGAAAGUGAUGGUGAGGCCCUAAUUGGGUCAGAACCACUUGUCUUUCAGAAUCAACGUCUUCUAGGUAAUUCCAAAACUGACAAAGAGAGGGUUGGAAGCAAUUUAGGGGACACCAACUCAGACAUUGUCCCAGCCAUUCGUAGAUCACAGUCUAUAAGCAGCUUAGCAAGUAGCAGCUCCAGAGGUGGUCAACGCCGUGCCUUAAGUGUGCACUUUGGCACGCUACCACCCUCCAGGGCAUCAUGCAAGGACUCUGAUUCAGACGCUUCUGAUUCCGAAGGAUCUCAGCACUGGAUUGGACCACAGGAAAAGAGGCUAGAGGCUGAAGGAAGUGAGGGAGACGUCAAUUCAGUGAUGAAAAAGUAUUUGAGGAAAGCUGAGGUCGACUGAACAUAAGGAA